AUGGGUGAUGAAACACGUAAUAAUCAUGAGGAGAAUAGAAGAACUAUGUAUGAAUUGUUGCAUCCCACACAAAAUUCUGUUCCUUCAUGCAUCAUGUUUCCACUUAAUGCACCACAUGUAGAAUUGAAGCAAGGUUUAUUAGCAAAACUUCCUGACUUUAGGGGACAAGAAAAUGAAAAUCCUUAUGUCCAUGUUAGAGCUUUUGAAGAGGUAAUUAGUAAUUUCUAUGCACAAAAUGUUAUUGAGACUGCUAAGUUACGUUUCUUUCCUUUUUCUCUUAAGGAUAAGGCAAGAAGUUGGCUUUACACCUUGAAACCUAGGUCUAUAGGUAGUUGGGGGGAGAUGGCCAAAGAGUUUUUUAAGAAACAUUUUCCUCCCCACAAAGUCCAGCAAGUAAAAAGAAGGAUAGCUAGUUUUGUCCAAGGAGAAAAUGAGACCUUAUACCAAGCUUGGGAAAGGUACAAAGAUCUUUUCAAUUUCUGCCUAACUCAUGGGUAUGAAGAUUGGAGGUUGGUUAGCUAUUUUUAUGAAGGACUUACAUCUAGGGACCGACAGUUUGUUCAACUCUCAUGCGGAGGGGACUUUUUACAAAAGGAACCCAAAGAUGCAAUGGAUUAUCUUGAUGAGAUAGCUGAAAACUCUAACACAUGGACUGGACCUAGCCCUAUGGACUCCACUGACAAGACUGGAAAUAACACUACCACUUCUAGUGGAAGUGUUUUCAAGUUGAGGGAAGAUGAUAACAUGAGUGCAAAAAUCAGCAUGUUAACUAAAGAAAUUGAGGCACUCAAAAUGAAAGGAAGUAAGAGUGUUAGUGCUACCUUUAGAAAGGACCCAAUGGAGGUGUGUAAAAUCUGUCAUGAGAUAAACCAUACUACAAAUGAAUGUGCAUCACUUUCAUCAUUCUUAAAUGUGCCAGAAGAACAAGUACAUGCAUUGAAUUCAUACUGGCCAAAUAAUUCUUCAUAUUCUAACAAUUAUAACCCAAAUAUGCGAAACCAUCCGUAUUUGAAUUAUAAGAGUGACAAUGUGUUGAAUCCUCCUGCUCCAAGGAAUUUUAAUUCACCACAUGCAUCAUCAUCAUCAUCUAGACCUUCCUUGGAGGAUGCACUUAGUACUUUCAUUCAAAGGCAAAGUGAGCAAAAUCAAAAGUUUGAAUCCAUGAUCACUAGGCUAGAUGAAGAGGUAAGAGAGACCAAGAGUCAUAUAACUAGGCUUACAAAUUCAUUGUGUGGGAUAGAGAGAGGGAAGCUCCCUUCCCAAACUCAACCUAAUCCCAUCAAUCAAAAUCUAAAAAUUGGCUUUAAGGAUAAACAUGAGGAAGUAAAAGCUGUGACCAUUUUGAGGAGUGGUAAAGAGAUUGAUCAAAGUUCUCCUUUAGUAACUAAGAAAUCUAAGGAGACCAUAGUUGAAAAAGAGAAGGAUGAAAUUGAGCCACUUGGGCUUGAUGACAUUGAACAAUGCCCAAUCCCUCCACCAUUUCCCCAAGCCUUAAAAUUACCUAGGAAAUUGGACACCACAUCUGAGAUAUUAGAGCAUUUGCAUCAAGUCAAGAUAAAUUUUCCAUUAUUGCAUGUUAUCAAGCAAGUGUCUGCAUAUGCCAAGGUAAUUAAGGACCUAUGCACCAUCUAG